AUGAAGCCACUUAGCCUCUCUCUACUCGCAGUGACCAUCCUUCUUUGCUGUAAUAUGACUCAGCCUAUAUUCAGGAGGAACAGGGCUUUAAUCAAACCCGGGUACUGCCCAGAGUUUCAUCUUUCCUGCCCUUUUGUUCUCCUGUCCCUAUGCAAGCGUGAUAUAAGCUGCAAGGGAGCCAAAAAGUGUUGCUUCUACUACUGUCAGAAGCGCUGUACUGAUCCAUGGAAUACUUUGAAUUAGACAAAAAUGAGAAGACGCAUUUGGUACAGUCUCAGUCUAGGAUAGUUGGCCUCCAGUUCUUCCUCGGUCCUCACAAGCCCUUCCAAGAGUUAAGCAUUUGUUAAUGAAUACAAAACAAAGGAAU